AUGUCCUCUGCCGUCGACAAUCUCGCCGACAACUUGGCCAACGCCAGUAUCCAAGACCCCUCGAGCACUGAUCAACAAGACAACGUCCUCGCCAGUGCUGCUGAAGGUCGUCGGUUGUACAUUGGGAAUCUCGCAUAUGCGACCACUGAGGGGGAGCUCAAAGAGUUCUUCAAAGACUACAAAGUCGAGUCUACCUCCAUUCCUGUCAAUCCUCGGACCGGUCGUCCUGUCGGAUAUGCCUUUGUUGAUCUAGAGACCGCUGAUGAAGCCGAGAAAGCCAUCAACAAUCUUUCUGGCAAAGAGAUUCUGGAGCGAAAGGUCUCUGUUCAAGUUGCACGCAAGCCCGAACCUGCUGGAGAUCCUGCCACCGGAGCAAAUAACACCACUGAGCCAACAAGCGGUGGUGAAGGCCGGAAGCGAGGAUCUGGCCGGGGCCGUGGGCGAGGCCGUGGUCGUGGUGGCCGAUCUGCCCGUGGCGGUCGUGCUGCUACUGGUGAGAAUGGCGAGACUGCAGAAGCUGGCGCAAAUGGCGAGGUUCUUCCUUUGACCGAUGUCACCAACGAGGCCAACAAGGCUCCCGCUGCCGAGCCCAAGGAACAGAAGCCCCGUACUACUCGUCCACCAAAGCAGCGUGGUCCUCCUGAAGAUGGAAUUCCAUCCACUACCAAGGUCAUGGUUGCCAAUCUACCCUAUGAUCUCAGCGAGGAUAAGCUCAAAGAACUCUUCUCUGCAUAUGAACCAACCUCUGCCAAGAUCGCUCUUCGACCCAUUCCCCGCUUCAUGGUCAAGAAGCUCCAAGCACGCAACGAGCCUCGCAAGGGUCGUGGUUUCGGAUUUGUCACGCUUGCAUCGGAGGAACAACAGCAGAAAGCUGUUGCUGAGAUGAACGGCAAAGAUAUCGAAGGGCGUGAAAUUGCCGUCAAGGUGGCCAUCGAUAGCCCCGGAAAGGAGGAAGGCGCCGAGGAACCCAAGGAGAAUGGCGAGAAUGAAGAAGUCGCUGCCGCUGCUUGA